AGUCCUUUGCUUGUGCUGUUCAUUUAGCAGUCAACUCUCGAGCUGUACAGACGUGCCUGGAGCAAAUAAUGGCCUGGCUACCAAGCAGUUCGAAUGGCGCGGACAAUGCGGACGAGCGCAGCACAGCCUCCAGUUCCUCGACAAACAGCACGAACCGACGGGACGAGGGCAAUGCCUCGCCCAACCGUUCAACGUCAACCACAAACGCAGCCACUGUCACUGCCAGCACCAGGCAGCAACCGCCGGCCCUGCUGCGGCAUGCAACACCCUAUCUGCAGCCCAAAACCGAGUCAUUCUCCGAUGGGGAUCUCUCCGAUUUCUCGCUGAACGACACCGAAGAGGAUGAUGAGGAGCUGCGCGACUAUAUUGUGCUCAAUGGCAACCAGGCAGAUGGCAAUCGUUCGCUGUCGAAUUCCCCGCGCAGUAGCAGCAACUUCUAUGGCAGCGGACGUAAUUCUCCAGGUCAGUUAAGCGCCGGCAGAAACGGACAAUUGGGGCCGCCCAACAACGGCAACCACUCGAGCUCCAGCUGCGGUGGUGGCGGUGGCGGCGGCGUUCGCAAGGUCUUCACCAAUACGCGUGAACGUUGGCGCCAACAAAACGUGUCCGGCGCCUUUGCCGAGCUGCGUAAACUGGUGCCGACGCAUCCGCCGGACAAGAAGCUGUCGAAGAACGAAAUACUCCGCUCCGCCAUCAAAUACAUUAAGUUGCUGACGGGCAUUCUGGAGUGGCAGCAGCAUCAGGUGCCGGCAACGAUCUCAGCCCAGGAGGAGCCCAACAACAACGACAAACGCAUGACCAACGGACACGACACACUCCCGGCACUCACUGCCGUGCGGCACAUCAAGUGCGAGCGCGUCAUCACCACGCUGGAGAGCACGCGGAACGGCAACGGCAAUGAUCUGCUGAUGAUAGCGCCCGGAGCGCUCAUCAAAACGGAGCAGAAGACGCAGCCGACGGUUCCGCUUACCAGCUACGAGGAUGUCAUAGUGCCGGCUCCAGCAGUGACGCCCAUUGCCGCCAUCGCCACCGCUUCCGCUUCCGUGGCAGUAUCCGUAGCGGUGGCGCCUUCAAGACCACCAAGCACCACCAACAGGACCAGCAAGCGGCGCGCCAAGCUGGAGGCAGCGAGUAGCAACGAGCUGGGCAAGCGACGCAGGCAUUGAAGAAAUCCUCACUCGUCAACAUAGGAACGAAAAGCAUAUGCAUAUAUAUAUAUUUUUUUUUUAUUAAAAAUUAAUCGUAGCCUUAAA